AAUUUUCCCACGAGUGCAGUAGGAGGUCUGUGUGGUGAGGUGGAGGCCACGCUAAACUGGGGUCUCCGUCCGCUUGCGUCUCCAUGCUCGAAAUGGUUGGAUUAGCUCUCAAAUAAGGCUUAUCCUCUCCCAUCAUACCAACGGAUUUAACCGCCAAUUUCAACGCAUAAUCCAGUUUGCGGCCAUGGAAAACUUAAAGAUUCUACAUCCUCCCCCGAAUGAUCUCUUGCCACUUCCUAUUUCCACUUCAUUCCCAGUAUCAACAUUCUUUACCGCCCGAAGCCGCAAAUUUCCGCUCUCCGUUGGCUUUGUAACAGAAGCUUUAUCAUCUCCAUGUUCUAGCAAAUUGUUGCCCGGUACUCGAACUGUUAGAGAACGACGUGGCUUGCUGUUCCGUGCGAGGAGCACAUCAGCGUCAUCGCCACCGUUUACUGAAGAACUUGUUGUGGAAAAACUGAAGGACAACCCUGUGAGUGGAGAUUCCAUUCGCUAUAAAUUUCUUACUUUUUAUGCUUCCCGCGGUCAUAAGGUCCUUCCUAGCGCUUCUCUGGUCCCUGAUGAUCCCACAGUUCUCCUAACUAUAGCGGGAAUGCUUCAAUUCAAGCCUAUAUUUCUGGGAAAGGUUCCGAGAGAGGUACCUUGUGCGACAACUGCACAAAGGUGCAUACGAACAAAUGAUGUGGAGAAUGUAGGCCGAACGACUCGACAUCAGACAUUUUUUGAGAUGCUUGGAAACUUCAGCUUUGGCGAUUACUUCAAAAAAGAAGCAAUUAAAUGGGCGUGGGAACUUUCAACCAUAGAGUUUGGUUUGCAAGCCGACAGAUUGUGGAUUAGUGUUUAUAAAGAUGAUGAUGAAGCCUUUGCUAUAUGGUCUGAUGAGGUGGGCGUUCCAUUUAAUCGUAUAAAGAAGUUGGGCGAAGAAGAUAACUUCUGGACCAGUGGAGUAACUGGUCCUUGUGGUCCUUGCUCAGAAAUUUACUAUGAUUUUCAUCCUGAGAGAGGAUAUGAAGACGCUGAUCUUGGUGAUGAUACAAGGUUCAUAGAGUUUUACAAUCUAGUUUUCAUGCAAUACAAUAAAAAGGAUGAUGGUUCUCUUGAACCCCUAAAGCAGAAAAAUAUAGAUACUGGGCUUGGCCUGGAGCGUUUGGCCCGCAUCCUCCAAAAGGUUCCAAACAAUUAUGAAACUGACUUGAUCUAUCCCAUAAUAGAGAAAGCCUCUGAGUUAGCAAAUGUUUCAUAUGCUGUUGCUGAUGAUCAGACAAAGACGAACCUGAAAAUCAUAGGGGAUCACAUGCGUGCAAUAGUAUAUCUCAUAUCUGACGGGGUGGUCCCGUCAAAUAUUGGGAGAGGUUAUGUAGUUCGACGUCUUAUCAGAAGGGUUGUCCGUACAGGCAGGUUGCUUGGUAUAAAGGGUGAUGGUUUGGGAAACCUUGAAGGGGCAUUUUUACCUGCCAUUGCUGAGAAAGUAGUGGAGUUAAGUACCCAUAUUGAUUCUGAUGUAAAGAGCAGAGCACCCCAGAUCUUUGAGGAGUUGAAGAGAGAAGAGCUUCGGUUUGUGCAGACACUGGAGAGAGGAGAAAAGUUGCUCGAGGAGAAACUUGCAGAAGCUUUAUCAGGUGCAGAGAAAACUGGGACUGUACCUUGCUUGUCCGGUGAAGAUGUGUUUCUUUUAUAUGAUACUUACGGGUACCCAGUUGAAAUAACAAAGGAAGUGGCUGAAGAACGUGGUGUGAUUAUUGAUUUGAAUGGUUUUGAUAUUGAAAUGGAGAAGCAAAGGCGUCAAUCUCAGGCUGCGCAUAAUACUGUCAAGCUUGCUAUGGGAAAUGGGGCCAAUAUUGCAGAAAAUGUAACUAACACUGAAUUUAUUGGAUAUGACAGCCUUUACGCUAAAGCUAUAGUAGAAAGUCUUGUGGUGAAUGGUGACCCAGCAGUCAUGGCUAGUGAAGGGAGUGAUGUGGAAGUUUUGCUUAAUAAGACUCCAUUUUAUGCUGAAUCAGGGGGCCAGAUUGGAGAUCAUGGUUUUCUAUAUAUUGCUGAGGGUGAAAAUCAACCGAAGGCUGUUGUUGAGGUAAUAGAUGUUCAGAAAUCCUUAGGUAACAUAUUUAUUCAUAAGGGAACAAUCCGAGAGGGAUUUCUAGAGGUAGGUAAAGAAGUGGAGGCAGCAGUGGAUGUAAAACUGAGGCAUCGAGCCAAGGUCCAUCAUACUGCUACUCAUUUACUGCAAGCUGCACUUAAGAAGGUUAUUGGUCCAGAGACAUCACAAGCUGGUUCUUUGGUGGCAUUUGAUCGGCUCAGGUUUGAUUUCAAUUUCCAUCGACCACUUCUUGACAGCGAGCUUGUAGAAAUUGAAAAACUAAUCAAUGGAUGGAUUGGGGAUGCAACACUUCUUCAAACCAAAGUGAUGCCUCUUGUUGAUGCAAAAAAGGCCGGAGCUAUAGCAAUGUUUGGAGAAAAAUAUGGAGAAGAGGUACGUGUUGUAGAGGUUCCUGGUGUAUCCAUGGAGCUUUGUGGCGGGACCCAUGUUAUUAAUACUUCUGAAAUUCGUGGUUUUAGGAUAAUUUCAGAGCAGGGUAUUGCAUCUGGAAUCAGGCGUAUAGAAGCUGUAGCUGGUGAAGCUUUCAUUGAAUAUGUUACUGCCAGAGACUCUUACAUUAAGCAGUUAUGUUCCACUCUCAAAGUGAAACCUGAAGAAGUGACAACGAGGGUAGAAAACCUCUUAGAGGAGUUGCGGGAAGCGAAAAAUGAAAAUUCUGCUUUACGUGCAAAAGCAGCUGUCUACAAAGCAUCAGUUGUCGCAAGCAAAGCUUUGUUGGUGGGAAAUUCAAAACAGUUCAGGGUACUAGUUGAGUGCUUGGAUGAUGUUGAUCCUGAUUCCCUAAAAAAUGCAGCAGAAUAUUUAAUAGAAACAUUACCAGACCCGGCAGCUGUGAUAUUGGGGUCAUGUCCAGGUGAAAAUAAGGUUAGCCUGGUUGCUGCUUUCACCCCAGGGAUUGUUGAUCAGGGAAUUCAGGCAGGCAAGUUUAUAGGACAGAUAGCAAAGUUAUGUGGUGGGGGAGGGGGAGGAAGACCCAAUUUUGCUCAGGCAGGUGGUAAGAAGCCUGAGAAUUUAGAAGAUGCCCUUGAAAAGGCUCGAUCAGAGCUUGUAGCUAUUCUAUCCGAAAAGGGAAACUGAAAUGAAACACGCUUAGCAGCUAUUCUCGGGUCACAAAAUACAGUCACUCGUUUUUCUGGUGACUAUCACAAGUAACAGGAUGUCCAGAUAAUUCGAAUAGCGCAUAGCAUGUACAGUGUUAGUUGUCCAAGAGAGUUGGCUCCGCUGAUUGAUCACGAUGGUCUUCACUGCCAUAUUUGAUUCGGGGUCUUAAAAUUUUACGCAUUUCAAUUAGAUGUGGGAUUGCUGCGACUUCCUAAUACUAAGCAUAAUAUAUGAGAUAUAUCUAUCGUAAGAGGUGGUUUUGCGAAUGAAUGUAAGCAAAGCGUGCCCUCCCGUGCCACCUUUGCUUGUCAGUGGGACGUCGGGAUCCCAAAAAUUUGAAGCAGUGCUUUGACCAUGACAAGCAUUCAUUAUAUGAGAACCUUCACUUUCGUACAAACCCUAUUUAUUUUAUUUUUAGAAAAAUUGUACAAUUAUUGUUUCAUUAUUAUUUUAUUAAGUUGUUUCAUUCAUAAUUUAUAGUACAAAAUUGGCACUUUGGGACU